GGAAAUAAGAAAGCGAUGUUUGCACUGCAGUUCGGCGUCGUGGAGAGCCUUCUGACGGUCGUUACCUCCGAGUUCCCCCAAAUCCGGAGCUGGCGAGGCUGUGUCACGUUCGUCAUUUGUUCUGUCAUCUUCCUCGGCAACGGAAUCAUCUACUCGCAGGCGGGGAUAUACUGGCUGACCCUCGUCGACUGGUAUGUGUCUUCCUUCACCGCCACACUCAACUGCCUCUGCGAGCUGCUGGUCUUCUCGUUCAUAUACGGUGUCGGAAGAACAAUUCGCGACCUGCAGAUGAUGACGAACAAAACCGUCAGCUACUUCUGGUACGCGACGUGGCUGGUAAUUACCCCCGUCCUGACAGUGGCCAUCUUCGUGAACAUGGUCCUGAACUACGGCCCCGCCAGCUACGACGGCAGGAGGCUCCCCGACUGGGCGCAGGGCAUCGGCUGGCUCACCGCCUUCGCCUCCAUCCUCGCCAUCCCCGGCUACUUCGUCUACUUCCUCGCCGUCCACACCAAGGGCUCCGUCGCGCAGGUCAGUUCGGGGAGCAGCUGGAGGACCCUAUUUCCGUGUUCUGUUUUAUAUCGAUAUCUUUAUACGUGCACUUUGCAUAUCCAUUUUCUUUUUAUUCUUGGAGUCAUUGAGAAGAAAAUCCCUCAGCCAGACGAGUACAAAAUACCUGUUCAUAUUCGCUCCGGUCCGUUCUUCCUCAACCCUGGCAGGUCGUCCCGAGGGAGUGCCACGGAACGACCCUUCUCGAGCUUCUGUUAUAUUUUAGGUUAUGAAAGUGUUACGCUGAAAUAA